AAAGUAAUAUAUGGCAGAAAUUAUUCGAUUGGAUUAAGAUAAAAAAAAUUGUAUAAAAAUCGUAUUUUUUUGUGGCAUCGGCAAAGUUAUAAUCUGCAUCUUUUAGUGAGAGAAAACUCAAAAUGAAGCUGUUAAUUCUAGCCGCCACCCUCAUUGUGGCCAUAAAUGCCAAUUUAUCUGCCUUUGAGCAAUGGACCAGUUUUAAGGCAACACACAACAAAUUUUACAACGUUAUUGAGGACAAACUUCGUUUUGCUGUUUUCCAAGAGAAUCUCCGCAAAAUCGACGCACACAAUGCUAAAUACGAAAAGGGAGAAGAAACCUACUACAUGGCUGUUAACAAAUUCGCCGAUUGGUCCAGCGCAGAAUUCCAAGCCAUGUUGGACCGUCAGAUGGCUAACAAGCCAAAACAAUCCUUCAUUGCAAAACACGUAGUCGAUCCCAAUGUCCAAGCUGUAGAAGAAGUUGAUUGGAGAGAAAGUGCUGUUUUGGGAGUCAAAGAUCAAGGACAGUGUGGAUCAUGCUGGGCUUUCAGUACCACCGGAUCCCUCGAAGGUCAACUCGCCAUCCACAAAAAUCAACGUGUUCCUCUCAGUGAACAAGAAUUGGUAGACUGUGAUAAGGUAAACGAUGGUUGUGACGGAGGUUUGAUGACAGAUGCCUUCUUUUAUAUUGAACAUCAUGGUCUUUCAUCAGAAGAACAAUACCCCUAUACAGGCGUAGAUGGUCAUUGCAAUCAUGUAAAAGACAAACAAGUCUCUUCGAUCAGUGGUUACGUCGAACUUGAUGAAACUGAAAGUGCUCUAGCUGAUGCUCUCGCUAAUGUUGGUCCAGUGUCAAUAGCUGUCGAAGCUGAUACAUGGCAAUUCUAUUCAGGUGGAGUUUUCAACAAUAAAAAUUGUGGAGACGCUCUUAACCACGGUGUUCUUGCUGUGGGAUACACUAAAGAUGUCUUCAUCGUUAAAAACUCAUGGGGAACAGGCUGGGGUGAACAAGGUUACAUCAGAGUUGCCCGUGGUAGCAACUUAUGUGGUAUUAACCUCAUGAACUCUUACCCCAAGUUGUAGAUAACAGUUAAUGAAAAGUGAUAUAUUUAUAAUAAUAAAUGAUAUAAAUUACA